UCUGAUGUCUCUGACCAUUCUGACAGCGACGUUGAAACCCUUCGCUUUGCUGGUCGUUGUGUUGUCGUGCGAACGAGAUGCCCCACCUGACGAAUGCCUCGGCAAGGAUCGGCUGCGUGCAUCCCAACCUCUCCUCCAUCGAUUAGGUCCCACUUUGGCAUCUCAACUGCGUAUGUCAUCAUCGUAUUUGUAAGAUAUGCGGAGGCACUUUUGUCGACUGCUACAUUUACGGUGUGAAUGUUGUCCCGGCUAGUUACAGUGGAUCACCAAAAGUCCCAUAUAAAUGUCAAGCUCUAGCAUCCCGAGGACAUAUAACACCAUCAGCAAUCCACCUAGUACGAACUUAGACAUGUCAAACAUGUCUCGCAACAUCCUUAUCACUGGAGCUUCUGGCUACCUUGGCGGCACCUUCCUCAAACUCCUGAAAGACGCCGGCCUACCGGCCCACAAGAUCUACGCCGUGGUCCGCUCUGACAAGCAAGCUGAGGCCGUCGAGCAGUACAAUGCCUCCCCACUCUCCCUCGACGUGUCCAACACGGACGCAGUAUCCACCGCCAUCAUAGAUAACAACAUCUCAAUCAUAUACCACCUGCACAACCCCCUCGACACCAGCACACCCGCGUGGAUCAAGGCCCUCGCAACCGUGAAGCAGCAUACCGGCCAAGAUGUCCACUUCCUCCUCACCACAGGCGCCAAGCUGUUCUCCUCUCACGCCGGUGCCCCCACGGACCCUUUCUCUGACACAGACCCUUCUCUUCUCUCCAUUCAACAGUCUCAGCCAGGAAAAGCGCCAAUCGACGCGAUGGGCCUCGGCGCGCAUUGUAACAACCUCGUGAUCGCAACUGCAAAAGCGCACGGCGUCAAGUCUUAUAUCUUCGCGCCAUGCAUUGUGUAUGGCCGCGGGCUGGGCUUCGGAAAUAAGAUUUCCAUCCAGACGGUUGCGGUGGUGAAGGCGGCGGUUGCGACGAGGCGCGUGUACAAGGUCGAUGAGGGACGUCCUACUUGGCCGGUUUGUCAUGUCGAGGACAACUCGACGCUGUACAUUGAGAUCUUGAGGGGGAUCUUGGAGGGCAGGGAUAUUGGAAGUGGGGAGAAUGGGUAUUUCCUCGCCAGCCCGGGGAGCGUUGCGUGGGACGACAUCUACGCUGCCAUGGGCAAAGCCUUGAAGAAGAGGGGAGUCGUUGACGAUGAGACGGUUGUAAAGGCCGACAAGACUGCCUUGGAGAAGAUGGGAGAGGGGAUGGACUGCCCAGCGGACUUUGUGCCGAUGCAGUUAGGCGGGCUGUGCACUUGGGUGCCUAAGCACGGCAAGAAGAUUGGAUGGAAGCCGAAGUAUGCCGCGGAGCAUAUACUGGAGGCUGCGGAUGCGGAGGUUGAGCUCAUUCUGGAGCAUCUGGAGAACGCGAGGAGCUAUGCGAUUCCAAAGGGGACGCCAUUGAAGCAGUGAACCACGAUCGUGUCAGGGCCUAUGCCAAUACGGGAGAAUAUUGUGGUGGAUAAUAUCAAUAUGUACGAUGGAGCUCAUGCUAUGCACUUGGAAAUGAUGAAACCAGACCAGGAUCGACGAUCGCAGAAGCCCAACAUCGAGUGGUCUACAGAAUCCAGAGCUGUAACAUGUGAGGGAGAGGCGUCCUUUUCCGAGCUGUCAGCAGCGCACCUAAUCUCCGGAGACUGAUGUCCUAGGUGUAAUCGAGACUUUUGGCGUAGUCACAUCUGAACCUUGUCUAGGCUGCCUUGUUGGGCAUGCAUGUUAUCAGGAAGCCACAUCUAUUCCUGACUAUAACGGCCCGCGCGAAAAGGUAGAAUGUGAUCUAGAUAUGCUUGCUUGGUAAUCCCGUUCGCAACUUCAAAACAGGAAGUCCGAGUGUUUGCUUCGAUCAAGGGUUUUUUUUUU